AUAAGUAACCGCCAAGAGUACCCGCACACAUUCCUUGUGGCUCUGCAUCAGCUACACUACACUACACCCCCUCAAUCUCUCUCCAAUACAGCAAAUUUUCCAUCACUUUCCCGAGAAAACAAAUAAGGAAACGAAAAUGGUGAAUCCUCCGACAAGAAACCGAAACCAGUGGACCUUGAAUAACACUACAAAUUACUUAGAGAGGAUUGCGAUUCUACUCAUGAUCGUCAACGGACUCGGACAGCUCUGGUUCCCGUCGGCCUACAAUCAUAAGAGAUCUCGACAUUUCAAGAUUUGUGAUGAGAUAUUUCAGAAUCCUGAGAAAUUUAAAACGGAUUAUUCUGAAAUGGAAAGUAAAAUGAAGGUGUUUGUGUAUCCUGAUGGAGCUUGUGGCAGUUCAAAUGGACAGUUGCGUAUUGACUCUGUUCAUGCUAGUGAAGAAUUUUUCUUCAAUAAUAUUUCAAAGAGUAAAUUCUCUACUCAGAAUCCAGAUGAGGCUCAGUUUUUCUUUAUACCUCUGAAUUGUCUUCAAUUGGACAAAUUGCCAAAUAUUGUUGAGGAAUUCUUCUAUAGUUUGAUUGUCAAGUAUAGCUACUGGAAUACAGACUCUAGUCAUCAUUUUGUUGUGGCAUGUCGAGGCAGUUUUGUGAAUGCCAUUGAACAAGUCCCUCUUCUCGUAAACCAUGCAACCCGAAUUGUCUGUUCUCCAAGCCAUGGUGCCACUGCCACAACUCUUUGCGGCAGAGCAAGAACUCUCCCACAAGUACAGCAGCCUUUUCUUCAUCAAGCUGGUCUAAUUAACUUCAAGAAUAGAAAUAUGCUUGGUUUUUGGGCUGGUCAGACCAAUUCUGAUAUAAGAAGAAAAUUGGUUGAACUUUGGCAGAAUGAUACAGACUUGGAUAUUCAGAAUAGUAAUAUCAAUGCAAAUCACAGAGGACAUUUCUUAUACUAUGAAAAGUUCUACAAAUCCAAGUUCUGUAUUUGUCCUGGUGGAUCGCGAACUGAAGGCGGUAGGCUAGCAUCAGCAAUUCAUUAUGGAUGUGUCCCAGUUAUUUUGUCGGAUCACUUCGAUCUGCCUUUUACAAACUUUCUGGAUUGGAAAAAGUUUUCAGUACAGCUGAAUGAGAGUGAUGUGUAUGAUCUUAAAAGGAUCCUUAAGGCAAUACCAAAGGACAAAUACAAAGAUCUACAGAGAAACACUGUUAAGGCUCAGAUGCAUUUCAAAUGGAAUUCUGCUCCGAAGAAAUAUGAUGCAUUUCAUAUGGUGAUGUUUGAACUGUGGUCAUCAACGCCUCCUAACCAGAUAUUUAGUCAGCAACCCUUACUGUUUGACGACUAAAGUACCAGCUGACAGACCAAGAAAAGUUCUUCUCUUAAGUUCCUUUUUAAUAUGCAAACUUGCAAUUUGAGAGGUAUUAAUCAUUUUUUGAAACUUGAAAGUCAAGUUUUUAGAGGUUGUAAAGGUACCAGUACCACCAAUCCAUAGAAAUGUAUGAAAUGGCAAUCAAAUUGAAUUUCGUACGUUGAAGUUUUAGUUCUCAGAA